CGCUUAUGAGGCGGCACGGCAUGGACGUGUACAACAUGUGGUGGUACCUGCCCAUGGUGCUCCACUGCGGCUCAGCGGCCUUCGCCACCGCCUGGGGCUGCACCGCCUACUGGCUGGCGGCGCGAACCCACUGGCUGCACCUCCACCCAGACUCCCCUGCACCACCACCUGACGUCCUCGCCUCACACCAUGGCGGAGCCGGGGGUGCAGGGGGCUCCCCUGCUGCUGCUGCCGCCUCCGCCGCCGCGCUGGGGGUGCUGGCGGGCUGCAGCGCCGCGCUGCUGCUGGGCUUCCUGAGCAGCCUGCUCGCCAACAUCGCGGAGGGGCUGUUCCUGUGCUGCGCGCACGACAGGGACAGCGGCGCCGUCACCUGGAGGGAGCUGCACCGGCUGUGUGCGGAGCUGCCCUGCUGCGCGGAGGCGAGGGAGGCAGCGGCAGGGACUGCAGGACUUGGAAUGCUGGACUCGUCUGUGCAUAAUGUUAGCUUGCAUGGGGGGCUAGGAGUAGGAGGAGGGAUUUCGUACGGUUAUGCGGUGCCGCCCUUGGCGUCUUCACAGCAGCAGCAGUAUGUGCCGUACGGGUAUCAGGUAGUGCCGGCGCCGCAGCCGCUGCCUCCACUGCCUUACGGCGCCUCUCAACUCCAGCACCACCACCACCUCCACCAGUAUCCCGCCCAUGCGGCUGCUCCAGGCGGGGCUGCAGCGACCUUCAGCACCCCGCAUGCGCAGCUGGGGCAGCCGGUGGGGGGAUACAGCAGCCAGCAGCGGGGGCAGCCGCAGCAGCAAGGGUACGGCGCAGGUGGGGGCUUCUGGGGCUGGCUUCGGAGCCCCAGGAGCUCCCUGGGAGGAGGGGGACUGUACGGCAUGCCGGUCGGGGCCGGUCGUGCCGGCGACCGUUACCGCAACGACCGGCCGCAGUACCCGCCGCCCGCGGUGCUGUCUCCGCCGUACUCAGAACAGCGGUACCCCAUAAGGCCCGCACCGCCACCGCCGCCUCAGCCCACGACGUUUAUGCCGUUCUUUGGGUCUCCUUCGCGGCACGGGUAGGAUAGGGUAGGGUAGGCUGGCGAAGAAAUGAGCUGACGUUAAGAUGCGAAAAAAGGGUCAGGGCCUGUGCGGCUAUAUUGUCGCUCGUUAACAUGGUCAAUGCCAACAUACAAUGGCAUCGCAGGAGUGCAGCACAUUACUUGUAUAUGCAGUAUCGGAUGCACGGCUAUCGUUGUCCUGUAUGCUGGGGAGUAGUGGGUCCAUGCGGCCUGGAGUAGUAGCCGGUAGUCGGCGUGUGUUUAGGGGGCUUUCAGCGUGCGGCGGCAGCGUGCCGAGGUGCGCUGACGCUGGGUGCUGUGUCAUGUCUUAUUCCGCCGAGCUGUUGCAAGGUACGUGGCGAGGACCGCAGAGGGCACAGCGGUGGGUUGGGUGCUCGUAGUGGCCAACAAGAAGCCGAACGGGCGUAGUACGAUAUUUGUGAAUGCGAGUAUACUGCGGCGCGCGUGCGCAUAUCGGCAUGUGCAGUGAGACCAUUAUUGAAAAAUGAUUGAGGCUGGAAGAGCGAA